AGAUCAGUGGAGGCAUGCACCUCGCCUAUUCAUAUGCAGAUUCCUGGGCAGGGUCUGGUGUGCCCAGGUGAGUAUAUAUAGGCAGGUGAGCUCCAGCAGGUCACUGACUCACAGCUGAAGCCUACCCCCGGCACCGGAGAGAGAAGCAAUCAUCAUGGAGGCUGUACUGAAGUCCUUGAUCCUUCUCAUUGUGGCUACCUCGCUCUCUCUGUCCAAAGAUGUGAGCCCCAAAACCAAGACUGAAACCGUCAAACCUCAGACUCUGUCCAGAGGGUGGGGCGACAACCUGGACUGGGUGCAGACGUAUGAGGAAGCUCUGUUCAAAGCCAAGUCUGGAAACAAACCCUUGAUAGUCAUUAACCACAGAGAAGACUGCCCACACUCACAAUCCCUGAAGAAAGAAUUUGCAGAACACAAGGGCAUUCAGAAACUUGCAGAACACUUUGUCCUCCUCAACGUUAUCUAUGACCCCACAGAUAAGAACCUCCUUCUGGAUGGACAGUACGUGCCGAAGGUUGUGUUUGUGGAUCCCUCUCUUGUAGUCAGAGCAGACAUUCCCGGAAGAUAUUCCAACCACCGUUACACAUAUGAGCCGACCGACAUUGAUCUGCUGUACGAGAACAUGAAGAAAGCUUUACAACUCCUGAAGACCGAGCUGUAGAGCGCCUCUAACUGUAUAUACAUAGAUUAAAUAUUCAUUGUAUGGAUGCGUCUGAUACCGUAAUAUAUUGGCAUACACAAGUAGCGGCAUUUAAAGGAUUAGCUGUUUUUUGAAUAUGUGCAAUUUCCCCUUUUUUAAAAAUAAAACAACCUCCAUUUUA